AUGGCAUGGGUAAAAUUCUUACGGAAACCUGGCGGCAAUCUUGGAAAAGUUUAUCAACCUGGAAGUAUGCUAUCCCUAGCCCCUACCAAAGGCUUAUUAAAUGAACCAGGACAAAACAGCUGCUUUCUUAAUAGUGCUGUACAGGUCUUAUGGCAAUUGGAUAUAUUCCGAAGAAGCUUGCGGGUUCUAACUGGACAUGUUUGUCAGGGAGAUGCCUGCAUAUUUUGUGCAUUGAAGACAAUAUUUGCAGAAUUUCAACACAGUCGAGAAAAAGCACUUCCCUCGGAUAACAUAAGGCAUGCUCUAGCAGAGAGCUUCAAAGAUGAGCAGCGAUUUCAGUUGGGCCUUAUGGAUGAUGCUGCAGAGUGCUUUGAAAAUAUAUUGGAGAGGAUUCAUUUUCAUAUAGUGCCAAGCAGAGAUGCAGACAUGUGUACCUCUAAGUCUUGUAUCACUCACCAGAAGUUUGCUAUGACUCUGUAUGAACAGUGUGUGUGUCGCAGCUGUGGAGCAUCAUCAGAUCCUCUACCUUUUACAGAAUUUGUGCGGUACAUUUCUACAACAGCCCUGUGCAAUGAAGUAGAAAGAAUGAUGGAAAGGCAUGAACGUUUUAAGCCUGAAAUGUUUGCAGAAUUGCUGCAAGCAGCAAAUACGACUGAUGACUAUAGGAAAUGUCCUAGUAACUGUGGCCAAAAAAUAAAAAUUCGCCGUGUUUUAAUGAAUUGCCCAGAGAUUGUUACAAUUGGUUUAGUAUGGGAUUCUGAGCAUUCUGACUUGACCGAAGAUGUUGUUCGGAAUCUAGCAACACAUCUUUAUCUUCCUGGGCUUUUUUAUAGAGUUACUGAUGAAAAUGCCAAAAAUAGUGAACUUCACCUAGUUGGUAUGAUCUGCUACACCAGCCGACAUUAUUGUGCCUUUGCUUUUCAUACCAAGAGUUCCAAAUGGGUAUUUUUUGAUGAUGCAAAUGUGAAAGAGGUUGGGACGAGAUGGAAGGAUGUGGUCUCCAAAUGUAUCCGAUGCCAUUUCCAGCCACUGCUUUUGUUUUACGCAAACCCAGAUGGCACAGCAGUUUCUACUGAAGAUGCACUUAGGCAGGUCAUCAACUGGUCACAUUAUAAAUCCGUUGCAGAAAAUAUGGGAUGUGAAAAGCCCUCAAUUUAUAAGUUAGAUAAUUCAAAAGAAAAUGGAUUUGGUGAUCAGGCAAAACAGAGAGAAAAUCAGAAAUUUCAAACAGAUAAUAUUUCAUCAUUUAAUCGGAGCCACAUUCAAACAAGUGGCAGUAGAGGACCAGUUAAGUUAAGUCACAGUGAACAAAGGGAAAAAAUAAAAGACAUUUCCAGAGAAUGUGCUUUAAAAGCCAUUGAACAGAGAAACUUACUUUCCUCACAAAGGAAAGAUUUGGAGAGGGGACAAAGGAAAGAUUUGGGCCGACAUAAAGAUUUGGUUGAUGAAGACCUUCCACAUUUCAAGUCUGGAUCACCUCCUGCCCCAAAUGGCUUUAGACAAUAUGGAAACCCACAUCUCUAUCAUAGUCAAGGAAAAGGACCAUGUAAACAUGACCGAGUUGCCCAUCAGAGUCGAGCUUCUGCACAAAUACUGAGUUCAAGUAAAUCCCAGAUUCUUGCCCCAGGAGAGAAAGUAACUGGCAAAGUUAAGAGUGACAGUGGCACUGGAUAUGAUACAGACAGCAGCCAAGAUUCUAGGGAUAAAGGAAGCAGCUAUAGUGGCAGCAGUAAAAGCCGGACCCGAGGUUGGAAACCUAUGAGAGAAACGUUAAAUGUUGAUAGUAUUUUUAAUGAAAGUGACAAAAGACAGCAUAGUCCAAGACAUAAAUCAAAUAUCAGUAACAAACCUAAAUGUAGCAAAGAUCAGAGUUUUAACAACUGGCCAAAAGAAAACCCAAAGCAAAAAUGUUUAAUGACCAUAUAUGAAGAUGAUAUGAAGCAGGAAAUAGGAAGCAGGAGUUCCCUUGAAUCUAAUGGAAAAGGAGCAGAGAAAAAUAAAGGCCUCAAAGAGACUAAAGUUCAUGGUGACAAUUGGCAGAUGCAAAGGACCGAGUCUGGAUACGAAAGUAGUGAUCAUGUCAGUAAUGGAUCUGCUAAUUUGGAUUCACCUGUUAUCGAUGGAAAUGGUACAGUAACGGAUAUCAGUGGUGUUAAAGAAACAGUAUCCUGCAGUGACCAGGUAAAGACAAACAACCUAAAUAUAGAAUGUGUCAGCUCUUCCUCCCAGCAGAGCAAAAACUACUUAGAAGGCUUUAGAAGAGAACUCAAGAAUUUGGAAGUAGGCUAUAAAUCUCAUGAGUUCCACCCAGAGUCACAUCUACAAAUAAAAAAUCCUUUGAUGAAAAGGUCACAGAUACGUGAAACCAAUGGAAAGUUAUUCCCUUCAUCAGGUCCACAGAUACUCAAGGACAAUGCAGCAAAAGAGCAUAUCCACCAGUCAGGUGAACAGAAACUUGAAACUCCAAGUGAAUGCAAAUUUUCUGAGUGGCUUAAUACCGAAAAUUCUGAGAGAACAGGUUUAUUUUUUCAUGAUGAUAAUUCUGCUCCUGGAAAGAGAAUGAACAAUAAUGAAGUAGUCUCAUCAUCUUCACUGUGGUCUUCACACAUGAGAUCUGUUGGGGUAAAGCCAGAAACUUCUCCCCUCAUCCAGCAGCAAACUAUGACGGAACAAUGUUGCUCUGAGAACUCUCUGUCCAGGGAACGUAUCAUUCAGUCAACCUGCAGGUCUGAUGGUUGUCAGAUGCCAAAACUUGUUAGCCAUAAUCCACCACCUCCUUUGCCACCAAAGAAAUAUGCUAUAACCAGUGUGCCACAGUCAGAGAAAAAUGAUCCCACACCUAAUGUAAAACUUACAGAGAUGUUUAAAGCUAAUUCUUCUAGUCUUCCAAAGCACAGUUUAAAUUUGGAUUCAGAACCAGGUUCAGAAGUAGGUACGUAUAUGAAUGAUCAAAGACUUAAGGAAACAUUUCAAAUAAAAGAGCAUGUUGGCAACACAUCAAACUACCUGUCAAGCUUUUCAACUAAAGAUUUUCAGGCAGACUUGGGUACAGUUGUUGAUACAUUUUGCCAACCAGAAAUAGACUCUAGUUCUAUCUGUCCAAAUGAGACCAUUUCAUUAACUACCUAUUUUUCAGUUGAUAGCUGCAUGACUGAUACAUACAGACUGAAAUACCAUCAGAGACCCAAGCUCUGUGUUCCAGAAAGCGGUGACUUUUGUAAUGAUCAUGCAAUAUCUCAGAGUGAAAGAGGGCUAGCACCUGUGUUACACAACAGUCUUGGUUCAAACUGCCCUUCUGAGCAGAGAUACAAACCUAGUAUACACUGUAAUAGAUAAGUGAUGAAACUGGUAAGCUUAUACUUCUCAGAGGCCGUGAAAAUAUAAUAGGAAUUGACUGACGAAACCUGGUGAUACAUGAAACUAAAACCGUGGCAUUUUUAAAGUCAUUAAUCACUUUAAUUUUCUAUAUAUAUUUUUUAUUUUGUGAUCAAUUUAUUGGAUAUUUUAGAAAUUCCCUUUGAAUAGUCUUGGCGUGCCUGCAAAACAGAAAAUCAGAAGGUAUGCAAAAAGUCACUGCUGCAGUUGAAUAAAAAUGUAAUUUGUUCCUUUAUAUGUGGCUAGUAGACCCAUAAGUAUUAAACUAACCAGUACACACAUUUGUAGAUUGGUAAACUAUGCUAAUUGAAAAAUACCAGGUGAUACAUAGUUUGUGUAGUCAAAGCAGUAUUUGCUUUAUGAAGAAGCACUUUCUUUCUAAUGGGUAACCAACCAAAAGAGGGCUUCACCCAUUUGUUUUUGACUUCUGUGAUAGUCUACUACCUAUGAUCCCUUUAAGUGUCUUAAAAAAUAGCAACCCAUGAAAUUGAUAGCAUUUGUGGGGGGAGCCUUAAUGAUAAAGCAGCUUUUAAAUUCUUAAGGUCAGAACAGAAGAAACUUAAUUUUGCUCCUAGAACUUUAAUCUUCAUAAUGCCUCGUUAACAUAAAUUAGGACUUUGACUGUUGUAUCAUAAACUUACUUCAGCCAUGUAAGCUAAAAAUAAGUGAAAUUCUUAACGUUAGUAUAUUUAUUUGUUACAUUUUUUUCUAAUUUUAUAUGAGAUGUGAAAGGUUUUAUUUUCGUUUGGUUUAUUUUGGGCUGCUAAUAACCAGUGUUAGGAAUUUAACUUAAGGCCCACUGGGGAUGUCACUGUGACUGCCUAAAUUUUCCCUGCUAUCAUCUUAACCUCUCUUUAUAGGUCGUCAACCCAUUUUAAUGAUUUUCAGAUUCUUGAAUCCGAGUACUUCUGGGUUCCAGAUUCAAUUUCUACUUUCAUAUAGAGGGUUUAAUUUUAAUGAAAUGUAUUAAUUUGAGCAUCCCUCCCAUUUUUCUAAACAGUCAUUUUACCCUACUUUCACGGGGAGGGCUUUUUUUUUUAAAUAAAGAAAUUUUCCAUUAUCAUUAUGACCUUAUAAAUGCAAUUAAGUUACAUUAAUUGCUUUAUUU